UCAACCGUCGAGGGGCCCUGGGCCGUUUCCCGCAUGUUUUGUACAUGCUGCCGUGGUCCAGAAGAUGAUAAGGUUGCAGAGGUUGACACGCGUGCAACGGUGAUUUGUGAUGAAGUAAGAGGACGGUCUGAGAGCACGGUGCAAAUACCAUGGGCACCCAUCCCUGAAGGGGACUUCGAGGUGCUGAUAGAAGUGAGACCGAACGUGCAGUUUGGCAUUGAGCUGGAUCUCAUAGACGAAAGAGGCCCGACGAUCACGCAGAUCCUCAAUGAUGGGGUGUUCAAUGAACACAACAUGAGGACGCCAGGGCGAGAAGUGAAACGUUUCGAUCGCAUCAAGUCGGUGAACGGCAUGACAGGCAAUGCUACGGACCUCCAUGAUAUGCUCUUCAGUAUGAAGGAGACCUUCACCCUGCAGAUGACUCGGCCGCGGGAGAGGCCUGUGGUCAUCGACAAGACCGGGCAGCAGCUAGGAGUGCAGCUCGACUUUAAGGACAACUCGCCUGCGCUUGUCGUGACAGAACUUCCAGAAGGAGGUGUUGUUGCAAAAUGGAAUGCUGAACACCCCGAUGACGCUAUCCGAGUGGGCGACCGUAUUGUGAAGAUUGGCGGCGAUGAGUCCCUGCAGGGAUUUGCACUCAUCGAGAAACUUAAGGAGGCAGAAGUUGUUGACUUUACCAUCUUGCGCUACUCAGCCGUUUGACGCUUAAAUGGCCAGCCUGGAUUGUGCUUGGGGUGAACUCCUGCUAGUUGAAAUUUGCAGCAGGAGAUGGCAAAGCAUGUAGGAUAC